AUGAACAAAGAAGAAGACACAGCAGCUUCCACGCUAUCUACGACGGCAAGUGACGCCGAGGUUGUUACCGAUAAACAAAAGGUAGAUUUCACAAAGGGUGGACCCGAUAAAUUCAAGUUCUAUCCAGACAAUCCAACAAACCACAAGCACAAAUACAAUUGGGUAAUGAAGGAACCUACGAAGUUCUAUGACCCUUGUGAGGAAUCAAGACAAGCUUCUAUGGAUUGCAUGUUGAGAACACAAGACAAAAGUGAUUGUGAGGAUUUCUUCAAGGCCUAUAGGGAAUGCAAAGCCGACUUUUUUGCAAACAAGAGAAAGGAAAAGAUAGAAGGGAAAGGCGGAUGGGGGUUCUGGUGA